AUGAAGUUUUUCCCUGUUGUCGCACUCGUCAGCCUGGCGCAUGUGGCGAGCGCAGUUGGCGUCGUUGGCAAGGCCGAAGGAUUCGCAGCAGGCGUCACCGGUGGCGGCAGUGCCACUCCCCAAUACCCCAAGGACAUCACACAGUUGACAUCAUGGUUGACGGAUUCUACCGCACGUGUCAUCGUCCUCGACAAAACCUUCGACUACACCACGUCCGAGGGAACAGUUACCGGUACUGCCUGCGCUUCUUGGGGCACUGGAAGCGCAUGCCAGCGCAUCUUGUUGGAUUCUUGCGAUGCUGGCCAGGUCAAGGAGACGGUCACCUACUACAAGGCCGCAAAGAAUCCGAUCAAGGUUGGCUCCAACAAGACAAUUCUCGGUAUUGGAUCCAAGGGCAUCAUCAAGGGCAAGGGUUUGUCUUUUGCUGGUAAGAACGUCAUUGUGCAGAAUAUUCAGGUCAGCGACUUGAAUCACAAAUACGUCUGGGGUGGAGAUGCCCUCUCCUUCGCCGGUGCUGAUCUAAUCUGGAUUGAUCAUGUCACCACUGCUCGUCCUGGCCGCCAACAUUACGUCUUCGGUUUCACCCCCAGCACCCGCAUCACUCUUUCUAGCAAUUUUAUCAACGGCGCUUCUGAUUACUCUACUGGCUGUGACGGCUACCACUACUGGGUGUUCGAGAUGGUCGGCACUGGCGACUCCAUCACCAUGAAGAACAACUACAUCACCAAGACCGCUGGUCGUGGCCCGGCCCUCAGCGGCAAGACCCUCCUCCACGCAGUGAACAACGUCUGGUAUGACGUCAAGGGUCACCUGCUCGAAGGCGGCGACGCAGGCGCCCGCGGUAUCUUCGAAGGGAACAUCUUCAACAACGUCCAGAACGUUGUUGCUGAAUAUGCUGGCAAGCUAUUUGGAUCACCUGACGUUACCACGAACAAGCAAUGUAGCACUGCGCUCGGCAGGUCUUGCCAGACCAACCUCUUCCAGGGCACUACGACGACUGGUAGCACUUUGACUAGCAAGAAGGACACUUCAUUCUUCGGCGAUUUCAAAGGUUUGACGAUUGCCAGUGCUAGGACUACUGCCGAGAUUGCCACCAGAGUUCCCAACGCGGCUGGUAUUGGUAAGCUUACUGCGCUUGCUGGAAGGUCUGCGUCUUUCAGGUUUAGAGAGUAG